UAGCUUGUGAGAUAUCUGUCAGGAUUGUAUUCAAGUAUUGCCCUUAAUUUAUUUCGAAAUUCAUUCAGAGUUCGUUUUAAGCUAUAUCAAAAUUCGUAGAAUAAAGAUGUCCGACGAUCGCUUGACUGUCUUGCAUAAUAUAUCGGAAUUAGUGAACUCCGGUCUCAGCAAGGAAACCCUCAAAAUUUGCAUCGAACUAAUAGACAAUGGAGUCGGUGGUCGAGCACUAUCUCAAAUAAUCAAGAGUAUUAGAGAGGGUAUCCAAGAUGAUGCAGGUGGAGAAUGUGAGGACUCCGGUGAAUCCGCUGCAUCAACGCCCAGAGUUUUGUAGGAAAUGAUUAUAAAAUUUAUUUUUUGAGUUUAUCUUGUGUUUGUUAAAUUACAAGUUCAGCUUUCAAA